UGGAUGGCCUCUACCGUCCGGGAGAAGGAUAUCAAAAAGCUUCAGGAGGCCGGGUAUCUGGCCAAGAAAAUCGGCCAUCGUCUCUCGACGGUGGGACAGAUCAUCUCUACCCCGGAACCCCACGAGAGGGUUGUAUUCCUCCCUCACUUUGUCCGCGGGCUAGGGUUUCCCCUUCACCCGUUCGUUCGUGGCAUCAUGUAUUAUUAUGGGAUCGAUCUUCACGAUCUGUCCCCUAACUCCUUCCUCAACAUCUCGACAUUUAUUGUCGUGUGCGAGGCCUUUCUCCGCAUCUCGCCACAUUUCGGCUUAUGGCUGAAGAUUUUUAAUGUGAAGCCCAAGGUAGUGGGCGGCGAGCACGCCGAGUGCGGUGGCGCCAUGGUGAGCAAGAUGCCCAACGUUACAUGGCCAACAGGCACUUUUAACGAUUCCGUCAAGGAGUGGCAACAACAGUGGUUUUACAUCACCGAGCCGCGCGGCACGGAAUGGGCUGCUACUCCCGAGUUUCUAUCCGGUGCCCCCCUGCGGCUUACAUCCUGGGUCAAGAAGGGCCUGAACUGGUCCUCGUCUGACGAAUUGUCAGUGCUCCAGAUGCGUGUCAAAGAUAUGGGAGACAAGAACAUUGGACUCGUCAAUGUGGUCCAGGUGAUGUUAGUUCGCCAGAUCCUGCCUUGUCAGCACCGGACUUGCAAUCUAUGGGAAUUCGAUCCGGCCAGGCACCAAACCUUGCGAGAACUUUUCGGCUCCUCGCACAAGGACAUCUGGAAGGUGCUUUUUAAGUCCAGCAAAUCAUGGCCAGACUCCGCCGAGGACCGCGGGUACCAACUGUCCCGCUCUGCAAGUUCGGUAAGUCAUGAAACUUUUUAUCCGCGUAACCCAAAGGAAGCGCUUAACGUGUCUUAUACAACUCUCCCAGGGCUGGACGAAGAAGGCGGAGUGGAUCCAUUGUCCGGCCCCGCUGCCUGAAGAACCGGCCGUCCCACUUCUGACGAAGAUGCUGGUCCCGGCGCCUUACAGGGUGCCGAAGAAGAUGGCCGAGAAGGAGGCCAAGAAGACCCGGGGCGGCCUUCGUCGCCGCGGCACUUCGGACACAAUAUCCGAAGGCUCUGAUGCCCAUUCCGCCUCCGAGGAGGAGGAAGAUGAAUCCCCUGCGGGGGGAAGAAAGAAGAGGACGGCCUCCGUACACUUGGAGGCCGAGCCGCCCAAAAGGGGAAAGGCUCCUCUUCCGGAGGAGUCCACUGCCGCCGCCGACAGCGGCCCGGCGUGGGAUCCCAGGGCCCAGCCCCUAGUGAACUCGUAAGUAUAUAAAAUCCGAGUACGUUUAUGCGUACAGACUCAUCAUGACAUAGUAGCCGUAUUUUUUUUGUAGUCCAGCGAGGUCCCGUACCAAACAAUCCUCAUCAGAGGAUUCGCUGAGCUCGGAUGCUAUGGAGAGCGGGACGCCCCCAAAGGCCCCUUCCUCCAAACAGGUGAAUACCACCGAGGCUUCGUCCCAGAGGGACCCCGGCCAAGGAGGGGAGGAAAAGACCGUGAAAGCGGAGCCUGGAGGUCAAACUUCAAGGGUCAAACACAUGGGGGAGCAAGUUCCCAUGGGAGCUGACGGCGGGGCCAUCUUGAAUUCGGCUCCCAGCCGGAUACAGCUCCGGAGACCAAUACGGCUCCAGAAUCAGGCAGGCAGCCUCUCUCAGCUGGAGGGGGUAUACCGGCAACCUCUGCCCAACCAGAGGUGUCGGAUGCCUUGUUGGUGGCGCUGAAGAGCGCCUCCAUCAUCGACGAACACUGUGCCCUUAUGGGUGUGGUGAUUGAGAAGAUUCAGUCUGCUGAGAGUGGACUGAAUGGAGCCUGUAUCAGCCUUAUAAAAGGUUUUGAGGCGUCUGUAGCGGCUGCUGCCUCCCAUACCGCGGAAGUCUCCGGACUGAAUCAAAGUCUGGAGCGGGCCGAAGAAGAACUUGGCCAGUUGAAAAUGCAGUUGGGAGAGAAACAAGGUAUGCACCAGUCUUGUUCGCAUGUGGUGCGAUCAACUUUCUAGUAUGAUAAAAUAUGUUCCCUGAUUUUCUCUAGGGAUGAUGACCGAAGUCGAGGCUCUUAAGAAAGUUGUGGCCGAGGCCGAGGAAAAGGCAGCCACAGAGCAGGCCCUCCGUGAGAAGCACGAGGCCAGGGUUAUUAAAGCUGAGCAGGAACUACAAGAGGCCGUGAAGAAAUGCGAGACCUUGGAGCAGAGUUUAACGGAGAAAGAAUCCGAACUCACCAAGGCGCAUCAGGCCACGAGCGAUGCCCGGGGGGAAACCCAAAGCGCCCUGCAGGGGAUCCAAGAGGCGAGGAAGAUUUCCGUGGGUAAGGCGUUUUCCUUGUAAAGCAAGUUUUUUGAGGAGAAGAUUAUGUUUCUAAUAUUGAAUUCGGAUUUCUCCAGGGGUGUUUGCGGAGCUGCCCCGCAGCAUAGCGGAUGCCGCCCAAUUCUACCGGGCCGAAGAAAGGAACACUGCGGAUAAGCUCUUCUGGUCGCAGUAUUUGGCACCGAAUUAUCCGGUGCCUUUUGCCGAUCAACUGAAGCAGCUGAUCGAACUGCAUAAGGCAGUGGAAUUAGCCAUGAAGGAUUUGAUUAUCCGGCUAUGGCCCGCCGAGCCAAUUCCAAACAGUUACUUCAGGCUCGUGAAGCGGCUUGUAAGCGCUUGCCCCGACUUGAUGUCAUCAAGCGGUCGGUCUGCAUAAAGGGUGCGUGAAUGGCCUUCGCCCGCGCAAAGGUGCACUGGGGGAAGAUGGAUGCUGAGAAGCUGAUGACCGAAGGGCCGCCAGAGGGGAAAGAGCACCGCAAGCCCGAAUUAUAUUAU